AUGGCGGAUCGGUUAACACAGCUGCAGGAUGCGGUGAACUCGCUCGCAGACCAAUUCUGUAACGCCAUUGGAGUGUUGCAGCAGUGUGGCCCCCCAGCCUCUUUCAGCAACAUUCAGACGGCAAUAAACAAAGAUCAGCCUGCUAAUCCAACGGAAGAGUACGCCCAACUGUUCGCAGCAUUGAUUGCACGAACUGCAAAAGAUAUUGAUGUUCUAAUAGAUUCCCUGCCUAGUGAAGAAUCGACAGCAGCUUUGCAGGCGGCUAGCCUGUAUCGAUUAGAAGAAGAAAAUCACGAAGCAGCUGCCCGUCUGGAAGAGGUAGUUUAUCGUGGGGAUAUGCUGCUGGAAAAGAUACAGAGUGCCCUGGCAGAUAUCGCCCAGUCGCAGCUGAAGACGAGGAGCGGUUCGCAUAGCCAGCCCCUGCCGGACUCGUAGCGCCAGAGGGCAGCGUGCCCCUGCGAAAGCCGGCUGCCGAAAGUCGUGUGGGAAACACGGCUCUCCGUCUGUGGGGAGCCGGAACACCCAGCCCGCCUCCUGGGGGACUCGGAGUGCUCUGAUCAUUCCUAACAACGUCUUGUAUCAAAGCUCAAACUGCAGUUUUGUGUGAGAAACACUUCCCCUGUAGAAUCGGUGGUUCUGUUCCAGAAUUACGUGUCUUGAUGGAUGUUCCCUUGACUUAUUCUGAGCUUUCUGUUUAUAAAUAUGUCUGACUUCAACCUGAUUUGUCAUCUUCAUUACACAGGCCUUAGUCCCUAAAGGGAAUUCAGAAGGAAAAUAUAUUAAGAGUAUUUAUGUAAUUUGCUCGCUCCUACUUUCGAACCUUUAUGUUCUUGGUGUAUUUUUUGUAAGGCUCAAACACAGACACACUUGAAUUUGCCAGAGUUCCGUGGAGACAAUGCUAGACAAUGAUGUGAAUACAGUGGUGGUCAUCUGUUUUAAUUAACACAAAUGGUAAUUAAACAUUUGUAUUACCACUUGGCUGGUUUACCACCCUUUACAGAGCAAGUAAAAGGAUAAGUAAACUCUUAAUAUUUGCAGAGUACGUGUUCUUGCCACUAGCACCUCAUUUAAAACAAAUAAUCUGCAGGUAUCUGAUGCUGGCAUUUAUUAUUGUUUGUAAUUCUUACUCUUACUCGCUUGUGCCAUUUCUUUGCUUCUGCUGAUAUUCUGCAUUCUUGUGGCAACCGGUGAAUGCCUCUAAAGCAGACAGUAAUGAGGAACCAUUGGAUGACUGGGAAGAAAUUAGCAAUGAGGAAGCUGAAAAUAACUUAUUACAUAAUGUUGCUUUUCGGUGUAAGCAGUGGCUGCCACGUGAAUGCUGUGAUCAUAAGCAGC